UUCACUGUUGUACUGCUCGUCGUCGCCUUGACCUGCUGGUCAUUCGUCGUGGCCAAGCCUCAGCCCGAACCUCAAUUCUUCGGUGGUGGAUUUGGAGGCGGACGAGGAUUUGGUGGUGGAUUUGGAGGUGGAAGAGGAUUUGGUGGUGGAUUUGGAGGUGGAAGAGGAUUUGGCGGUGGAUUUGGCGGGAGACCAGGAUUCGGCGGAGGAUUUGGAGGUGGUCGAGGAUUUGGUGGUGGAUUUAGUAACGAACGUUUCAGUAAUGAAUUCUUCGGGUAA